UUUUGCAGGCAACUCAAGCGUACUUUCUCAUAAGCUACCAUUAGAAAGUAGAAAGUAGAGACUCCAUUCCGGUCCGCGUGACUUACUUGCCUUGCCAUAAGCCAUCUUCUCCAUCACCAGGUCAUAUACUGACUGCAUUCCCUUUGCGCUCUCCGCCUCUCUGUCUUAGUCAUGGCGGCUCUGAACGGAGCAACAGGUGAUCUCAAAUCGACCUUUCGCCUGGUAUACUCCAAAUUGAAAUCUCAGCUACUCCAAGAUCCCGCUUUCGAGUUCACGGAUGAUUCUCGUCAAUGGGUAGAGCGGAUGUUGGAUUAUAAUGUGCCUGGAGGAAAGUUGAAUCGAGGUCUCUCUGUGAUCGAUAGCUACAAGCUGCUGAAAGAAGGAAAGGAACUUACAGAAGAUGAAAUCUUUCUAGCAUGCACACUUGGUUGGUGUAUUGAAUGGCUUCAGGCUUAUUUUCUUGUUCUUGAUGAUAUUAUGGACAACUCUCACACACGUCGUGGUCAACCUUGUUGGUUCAGGGUACCCAAGGUUGGCCUUAUUGCUGCAAAUGAUGGGAUACUCCUUCGCAACCAUAUUCCUAGGAUUCUUAGGAGACACUUCAGAGAGAAGCCUUACUAUGUGGAUCUGUUGGAUUUAUUUAAUGAGGUAGAGUUCCAGACAGCUUCAGGGCAGAUGAUAGAUUUGAUUACUACACUUGAAGGAGAAAAAGAUUUGUCCAAGUACACGAUGCCACUUCAUCAUCGCAUUGUUCAGUACAAAACUGCCUAUUACUCAUUUUACCUUCCGGUUGCAUGUGCAUUGCUUAUGUCUGGUGAGAAACUGGAUGACCAUAUUCAUGUAAAGGACAUUCUUAUAGAAAUGGGAACCUACUUUCAAGUACAGGAUGAUUAUCUGGAUUGUUUUGGUGAUCCCAAGGUUAUUGGCAAGAUAGGAACAGAUAUUGAAGAUUUUAAGUGCUCAUGGCUGGUAGUGAAAGCACUUGAGCUCGCCAAUGAAGAACAAAAGAAAUUAUUAUAUGAGUAUUAUGGUAAACCAGAUCCAGACUCUGUCGCAAAAGUAAAAGAACUUUAUCAAGCUCUUGAUCUUCAGGGUGUAUUUGAAGAGUAUGAGAAGGAGAGUUAUAAAAAGUUGAUCUCCUCCAUUAAAGAUCAUCCAAGCAAAGCAGUGCAAGCUGUGUUGGAGUCCUUCUUGGAGAAGAUUUACAAAAGGCAGAAGUAAUGAGGGCAUGAAGAAACAAUCGCAAAGGGAGGAGAACGGGGAUGAUAUAAAAUUCCACUUCUUUCUUUUCCUAAUUUGUUUUCUUUGUCCAUUUAUGUUUUAAUUUACCUGUGAUGCCGUCUUCUAUAUGCAUGAACACUUACUGCUGCUUCUGUUAAUUUUCUUUCACCAGAACAAAUCCUUGCAUUUUCGAAAUUUGAGUUUUGGGUUCCAUCCAUCAUUAGUUAUUAGAGCUUAAUGGCAUGCCAAACCA